AUGGAUAAAAUCCAGACCAUCUUGGCCGCAUUAGUGGUAGGCCUUUUGGUCAUUGCCACCGUGUUCUACUUCCUGGGCUCAGGCGCCUCUGCCCGAAAACUGGCCUCCAAAUACUACAAACCAACGUUUUUGGUGGUAGGUGCCAAUGGAGCAGGUAAAACGUCGUUUUUCUACUCGUUGCUGGCCAAACAGACGGCGCUGACUGUUUCGUCGCUCGAGCUCAACGUCACAUCAAUCUCACUUCCCUUUGCAAACCCCAGCAUCCUGGCGCAGUAUCAAUUCAUCGACUACCCUGGCCAUUUGAAGUACUCUCAACUUUUGAGAAAGUUGAUCGUGGAUGACAUCACGGUACCCAAAUUGAAAGGUGUGGUUUAUGUGGUUGACUCCUCCAGUCAAAGUUUGACCCAGGAGGGCAAAAUCACUGCCAUGGCCAAGGAAUUGUUUAGUCUCUUGUCACUCACCGAGAAGAUCCCCAAUGGAGUGGAUUUUCUCUUUGCUAUUAACAAGCAGGACUUGUUUGACUCGCGGCCCGUGUUCAAAGUCAAGCAAAUGUUGGAGGAGGAGUUGGCUCGUCUCAUUUCCGAUGAGCUCAACUCAAAGGGUCUGACAAGAGGAGGCAGUGGAAUCGAUAAUGAUGAUGAAGACGAUUCGGACUCUUUCAACAAGGAGGAGACAACGCGUGAGUUUUGGAGGUCGGUGGUUGGAUCUGGUAAGUUCCGCUUUGAGAUGCUCGAAGGUAACAUGGAGUUUAUUGGAGGCUCUGUGCUGAAGAACAAGGUUUCCAACUGGGAGAACUGGUUUGAUGAGAAGGCCGUCAAUUAUGGAGGCAUGUAA